CUCAAUACUACUAACAGCUGCAUUGCCACCGUGUCGCCGAUAUUAAGAUAUACGUAACACGGAAUCGGAGAUAGAGGUUAUGUUGUGAUUUGACAACACUGGACAAAGGAUAUUAUCGUGUAUAUUCUUAAUAGUUAUUGGGCUUCUGUUUAUCAACUAAAUCACGCGUGUGUAGGCCUACUGUUAGGCAGGAUGUUUUAGGCGUCUGUGGAAAUCAGAUACGAAAACUCUUCCUUUGAGUUCGUGUAGACAUGUGAACAUCGUGGAUAUAUCAAAUACCCAUUGUUAUUUUGAACCAAAGGUGUCAUUUGAAAGCAAACAAAUAUCAUUAAACGGACAAUAUCAAAUAUAUUUCAUAAAUCAUCGGUCUCCCGUCAGCCGAAAGCCUUCAGUGUGUCAGCACGUAGGAAAUAAAACCCUGUUCAUUGAUUCUCGUCUGUACGGCUGGUAUAUACGAGGAGGAAAAGUUUCAGAAAUGACGAGAUCGUGAUGCCGUGGACAUAGCAACGAAACGCAACUUUGGAUGCAAGUUCGUCCGCAUUGGAGGGGAGAUAUAACUAUGUGGGUCUAAGAUUCACAACAGUGUCGAAACCCGUGACACAGAGGGCACUAUCGGGAAAACCGGAAAUUGUGUUAUAAGCUUUGAAAAAAGGAAAACAAAAAGAAAAAAAUGGCGGAGGAAAAGAACGGAAAAUCUCGUCAACGACGAGAGUCAUGUGACUCGGAAAUAUCUAACGAGAGCGUAACUGACUUGAUUCCUACACCACCAGAUGGCGGAUGGGGCUGGGUCAUUGUAAUAGCCUCGUUCAUGUGCAACGUCAUAGUGGACGGAAUAGGAUAUGCUUAUGGGGUACUUUUGCCGGAAUUUGCCGAAUAUUUCCAGGCGCCGAAGAGUAAAGUAUCGCUGGUGGGCUCUCUACUUUGUGGGGUUUACUUACUAGCAGGACCGAUCGUGAGUGGUCUAACAAACAAGUUUGGCUGUCGGAGAGUAACCAUUGUGGGCAGUAUAAUCGCCUCCAUAGGAUUCAUCAUCGGGUCAUUUAGUCCAAACCUCAACAUCCUCAUCGUCACCUACGGCUUCCUCGGAGGAUUUGGAUUUGGCUUGAUUUACCUGCCAUCUAUUGUCAGUGUUGGGUAUUAUUUCGAGAAGAAGCGCGCUCUGGCCACGGGGAUAGCAGUGUGCGGAUCCGGGGUGGGAACGUUCAUAUUUUCACCUGGAAACAACGCCCUUCUCGCGGCCUAUGAAUGGCGCGGUCUCUUGCUUAUUCAUGCGGCUAUAAUUUUACAAUGUUGUGUAUGCGGAAUGCUUAUGCGGCCUCUGGAGCCAACAAAAAGGAAAAAGGUCCGAGUGAGCGACAAAACCAUAAACAGGAUUAAGGAGGAAGCAAAAUCGGGAAGGAAGCGCUGUAAUGAGUCAGAAUCUAGUGUCGCAGUCGUGGAAACGUUUGCUAAACUCAGGGAAGCUAAAUUAAAGCGGGAAAAGCAGUUAGAGGAUGACUCCGACAUAGCGUCAAUGCCCAGUGCGUACUUCGUGAAGGGUCCACCGGACGCAAUGAGUACAAGUUACAAUUCGCGACAAAUGAAACUGUCAUUCUCUGACCGCGGGGACGCCAUGAGUCAAACAAGUACUCCCGCAGGUCCCCCGAGAAUCAUGAUUUCUGAAAAUGGCUCCAACGUUGCCAUGGACAAUGAAGUGGAAUCACCAACAUCAAAUAUGUCCGUGAGCAUUCUCGACCGGAAGAACAGUAGCAGUACAAAUGUUCAACCGGAAUCAGGUGAUCAAAAAGACAAAAAUGAUUCCGCUUUGCCCAAUGGCGUUUUUGCGCACGAGGUUCAACCUCUUAUCGAUAAUGGGUACACAAAAGUAGUUACGCCCAAGCCGAAACCAUCACCGUCCGGAGGGGAUGCAGGAUCAAAAUUAUGCGUGGGAUCGUCACGUGACAUUCACAGAGAGGAUUAUAAAAGACCUUUGUAUAGGAAAGACAUUUUCUACAGCGGAAGUGUGUUAAAUAUCCCACAAUACCGUUCGCAGCCGGACAUGCGCAGUUACAUCGCUAGUAUUACAACGAUUCCCGGCGACAUCGAUCAAAGGGCCACAUGUUGGGACAAAUGCACGUGUCUUCCGAAAUCGGUAGUUUACACUUUGUCCGAAAUGCUGGACAUUUCUCUUUUGACCAACGUGCCAUUUCUCCUGAUCUGUGUGGGGAAUCUGUUCGCUAUGACGGGAUUCUAUGUCCCGUUCACUUACAUCGUAGACAGAGCGGUCUUGCUUGGAAUCGACAGCACUAAGGCCGCCUUUCUGCUCUCCAUUAUCGGUAUCACCAACACUUUUGGUCGUGUCAUGUCCGGUUUCCUUGCCGACUUGAAAUUCGUGGAUAGCCUCGUUAUCAACAACAUCGCUCUCGUCAUCAGCGCCAUUGCUCUGUUUCUCGAACCGUUUUGUGUGACCUACGAGACGCUUAUCGUCUUUGCCGCCGUGUAUGGGCUUUGUGUGGCGGCCUACAUUUCAUUGACCUCCAUCAUCAUCUGUGACCUGCUUGGACUGGAAAAACUAACGAACGCCUUUGGACUAUUGACCAUGGCUCGAGGCAUUGCAGGAAUAUAUGGACCUCCUGUGGCUGGGUUGGUGUUCCAGGCUUACGGCACAUACGAUGCUUCAUUUAUUAUGGGAGGCGUCAUGUUCAGCAUUGGGUCCGUAUUCCAUCUGGCUUUACAUUUGCCAUGCCUCAAACGAAUGACAAAACAACACCAAACGGAAACAAUCAUUAAUGAGAGCACGCAUGUGUAAGAGAGCAAAACCCGGAAGUAGCGAUAUGUGUUAUCGGAUUAUAACCCGGAUGUAGACAAAAUUUGACCUGAUGUUGUUGUCUAUGAAAUAAUUAAAAAUUAGUUGAAGGAAGUCAACUUGUACAUUGAAAGGUUAACCGGAAGUCACUUGCAGUGUAGUUAACACUUGACCGGAACUAGUCAUCUCUAUGGUAACCAACACAUAUCAAAGAGGAUUUUAACUGAAUGAUUGAUGUUUAUCCAAAAUCUUCUUGACAAAUAACGUGUUUUUUAAAUUUAAAUUUUUUGAAAUGUGAUUCUUUUCUCCGUAUCGACGAAAGUUUAGUUUGAAAUCUGGCGUUUGCUACACAACUUGAAACUUUUUAAUGUGACGUGAAACAUUGUCAGUUUGGUUUGAAAUCUGGCGUUUGCUACACAACUUGAGACUUUUUAAUGUGACGUGAAACAUUGUCACGUGACUUGAGACAUUGUCACGUGACUUUAUACACUUAUGUGACUUGUAACUAUAUUAGGAUUAUGUUGAACGUGAUAUGUAUAUGAUUGUUGUAAUGGAUGUGAUAAAGCGUGUGAUAAAACGCAUAGGAGGUUUUUUUUUGUAAGUUCGAAAUGUGUUCCUUGUAAAAUGUAACUACGUGAACAUUAUUAUGAUGGUUUUAUAUUAUCAGUGAAAAACAAGGAAUAAUUUAAAAAACGAUGACUUUUUCAAAACAUUAUGAAAUCAUCUUUAAAAAUCAGUUUUCAUGCUUCCAUACAAUUUGAUAUACUUAUCAAUUAUGGACUUUUGUUGAGGGAAAUAUGCAUAAAUAUGGACCUGCGAAAGAGAUAUUAACCGGAAAGAAAUCGUGUUCAAUUUCAAUUUUCAUGUCCGUAUACUAGUAACGCAUAUUCACCGAGAAGAAAAACCUUUAAUUGUUAUAUUUGAUAUGAAAUGAUGCUGUAUUUUAUCAAGUAACAAAAUGUAAGUUAUAGAAAUAGCCGAAGGAAAAGUACUGCAUAUGACAGAAAACUUCACGACAUGGCAAUCGUAGUGACGUCAUAAAGAGACUAUUAACCGGCUGUUUCUAUAAUUGGUAACACAGUCAGUAUCCCAUAUUAUUGACUGACACGUGACUAUCAUUUCACCAAUGAGGAUGAAAUAAAAACAAUGUCAUUUAACUUACUGUAAUACACAGGUACUAUUAUAUAGUAUACACAUUAUGUUACUGUUAGUGGGUCCAGCUCCAGUGCUGUAAUAUAGCAUUCUUUUUAAAGGAGUUUGAUAAAAACCUACACAUCGCAGGGUCUUGUAAUAAUGCCUUUUCCGAUCACAGGGUUUUGUAAAAUUUCAUCAUACCGAUUUGUACAUGUAUAGCUAUCCUAAUAACUUUGAGAGGACGAUGUAUAUUAACUGUGGGGUCAGAGAUCAUGGUUGUAGUACAUUAUUAACUCAUUGACCCCUGAAAUUACACAAUAAACUAUUCCUACCUUUGAAUCGGAAGUGCUCAAAUGUAUCUUCAGGGGUGAAUGAGUUAAUGUUUUGUCCUUUGGUAACUACUGGCGACAUGAAACUGAUCUUGUCUUCCUAAUUGCAAUAAGACUUUUUUUCUCUGUAUUUAAAUUUUAUACAAGUUAAGUUAAUUUCUUGGAUAUGUGAUCACUUUUCCUGAAGGAGUAAUAAAAUUGGGAAUGUUCGGUUUUACCUUAUACAACGAACUUGUAGCUAUGUUCCGAAAUUUUUCUGCCGGCAAACAUUUGCCAGAAAGCUUAUAAACAUGUUACCUUUCGUUGAAAUCCUGAUGACGCCAUCAUAACUAGUUUGAUAUGCUGCUUCUCGUUUGUUAUAUGAUAGUGUUUUACAGCAAUACAGCAAUACUGGUGCGAGUAGAGUAGUAUAUAUGUUUCGUAGAUAUAACUAUACAAUUUGAUGUUAAUUUUUAAUUCUAAAUAUAAUCUUUAUAUUUGUUACACCUCAAGUGAAUUUCUAGCUAUUUGAUUGGUUGGGAGAAAAU